CCCCUGUAAAGUACCUGGCUAGGAGGGAAGCCCGGGGAAAGCCGUGCAGACAGACAGGCAGACUACUGCUACAUGCCCGUCAUCAGUUGAUCGGUUGACCGUUUCCUUCCAGCGCAUGCCGGCACUUGGAACCUGCAUCCAGUCCCGGAAAUUUGAGCUUGUUGGUCUGAAACGGCAACGGCCAACUUAUCGUUGCAUCCCAACAUGGCCGAGCCUUCGUCUGGACGAGGUACAAUACAAUACCACCGGUACCUACCUUGUAAGGAUGGAUACCAAUACCCACGCAGCGGACCCCUUCCUCUAUUCGAAAUCGACCAGCCCGCCGUAGUUCCCGAAUCGUCGUCCAUCGUUCACGUACAGACAGACGCCUUCGGUGGCGCCGCCGAUGGCAGUCUGGCCGCCCGGCCUCACUCCCGAUUUCCAAAAAGGAAAGAGGCAGUAAACCGCUCGAACCUUUCUUUGCCCGUCAGUUGGUCCCGUCGGUGAUUCCUAAAUUACUGACGCGGACGACGGGGGCGCGUUGAGUCGACCAAUGUUCGAAUCCCCUGGGUCUUUUUGUUCUUCUUCCCAAACGCCGAAAAACAAACCAUGGUGCCGUAUCGUCAGGCAAGCGGGACAAGGUAUCAAUCAACAAUUUUUAUUUCAUCUUUUUUUCUCUCCUUCCUAUUUAAACAUUUCCCUCCACCUGUUCUAUUACCUUCCAUUCGCAGACUAUCGAACCG